AUCAGCCACACCCACAAUUUAUAGAACCGCAAACUCUUGCCAACAGAGUGUUGACGUUUCAAGAGAGAUGGUUUCGCGAUUUCCCCUGGCUACAUUAUAAUCCAUCAAUAAAAGGAGUGUUGUGUUUUCACUGUAGCCAAGGGUUUUCAAGCCAGCCAUCUUUUGGCCAAAGAGCUGAUGCUGCCUUCAUUAGUGCAGGAUUUAGGAACUGGAGAAAAGGCAUUGAAAAAUUCACAGCACAUCAAAAUUGCCAAACCCACCGCCACUUUGUAAUUGUAACAGCACACCAGCUAAAUCCAAUCAGUGUCCAGUUAUGUCCAGCGCGUGGGGUAAACAGCAGGAUGACGCAAGGCAUUGCUUGAUGAAAAUUGUUAGUUCGGUGUGGCAUGUAGUAAGACAGGGACAAGCCUUUAGAGGCCACACGGAUGAAAGUGGGAAUUUAUACCAGAUUUUGAAACUUAGGGCAGAAGAGGAUGAUCCCAUUUUACUGAAGUGGUUAACAGAGCGUACCACAAUGUACACAGGCCCAAAAGCACAGAAUGAAAUUCUGAACAUCAUGGCCAAUAGUCAUUCGAGGCAUUGCAGCUGAGAUUAGGUCUCUUCCGAUUGUACAAUUUUCAUUAAUUGUUGAUGGUACUCAAGAUGUCUCUGGUGCUGAACAGGAGAAUGUCUGUCUGCAUUAUGUUGACCAUGACCUUGUCCCUCACAAGGAGUUUAUUGGGCUAUACAGGGUGUCGGAGACAACAGGCGAGGGCAUUGCGAAAGUGCCAACUGAUGUGUUGUUGAGGAAACCCGCAAACAUAUGCUCGGUUCUUUUGUUCAGUAGUGUGUAUAGCAGUGGUUCUCAACCUUUUUGGGGUACUGGAACCCCUGCAUAUUUUGAGGCAAGGCAGGCAAGGUUUUGAGUGGUCCUCAGGGACCUCCACCCCCUCUAUAUUAUAUGUAAACUUACUGGAAACCUUGUGGUACUGACUACAUUCAUUACACUUUUUUAUUUCACGGACCCCUUGCAAUUAGUCCAUGGACCCCUGUUUGAGAACCCAUGGUGUAAUUGAUAGUUGUUCUUUUGUUUAGUAGUUUUCAGUACACUUACAAAUGAUUUAUUUCAUGUUAUUUUAUUUAAAAUGGCAUACUUUGUGCGACAUACUUGUCCAUAGCUGCUGUUUGAAGAGUUGAGACACUGAAGGAUAUUUUGUUUGAUUUAUUUGGGUUUUUCAUUGAAGUAGUUAUUUUGCUUUUAGAACUGUACUUAUUUUAAGCUUUUUGUUCUUGCAAAGAUAUUGUAGACUCAGGCCAGGUGCACAUAUUUAAUGACUAUAUAAAUGUAUCAGAAAAAGUCAAAUUAAAAGGUCAAUUCAAUACGGAGACCAACUUUGUGAUGGUUCUCAAUGGAGAUUCUUUUAGAUGUGAUCACACCAUGUUCAUUGUAUUUAUGAAAACUACACCCAUACAGUGUACAGUACCAUUGUCACCUACUGACCUUUCUUGAUAUUGCUGUUUGUAAGUUCAAAUACCUGCAUACAUACUGGACUGGUAAGGAGCACUGCUAUAACUAUUAUUAGUAGUAGAAUUAUAAUGAUUUAAAAAUUUGAACAAGUUGGGAAAACCCUUUAGUUAACUACUGUACCUAUCAAUUAUCCAGUUGUAGGAAUUGUGGUUCCUCAAUAUACAUUUAACAACGUAUGCUAUGUGUUACAGCACUACUUUUGGUGUCCCCCUCAGGAAUUGCUCUUGAGAAAAUUUAAUGUAAUUGUCCCCUCCAAGGUUGAUCUCAGAUUUUCGCCCCUGCCUUAAAGGUAGACUCAGCUAAAUGACGGUGCUGCCACAAGCAGAAACGCGGAUAUUGAGUUGAGCGAGAUCCAAGACUUAGCUCUCACACAGUAUCUGCGCAUGUGCACAGGUUCCCUUCACGCACCAAAACAGCGGAGAAGUUGAGCCUCACUCUCUUAGUUAUUGCGGAAAUUGACCCACUAUGCUGUUUACUUUCUGCAUCUAUGUCUUAUUGCUGAAUCUACCUUUAAAAUAAAAUUACAGUAUGGAAUAAACUUUUGCAGUUGAGGGUGAUUCGCUCAAUAUUAUUAUAUUUUCAUUUAGUGUGCAAUGUCCCAGAGACAUCAUACAUGUACAUAGCCUUCUCCUAUGACCAAUAUAAAAACAAAAGACCCUCCCACAUAUGAACGGUCUCCAUUGUCUUCCCUCAGAUGGCGUCAUUCUAACGCGACACGUCAUCAGUGCAGACGGCCGUUGCGCUAUCAGACGGGAGACAAUGGUUUAGAAAUUCUGUGAUGGAGCUGUCCCUAAAUUUAAUUCAAUUUAUUGGAACAAGCGCGCGCUUGAAAGGAGCACACAUUUCCCUCCUAUCACAGUGCUUUACUGCACCUGACCCCACCCAUCUCAUAUACCGCAGCUUGCGCGCCGAGGAGCAGUCUGGGAGAAAUAUACAAGCAGCAUCUGGAUUUGAUUUAAUUCAUACGCGCUGUUGUGCAGUACUGUAGCCUGCAAACAUUCAUAGAAAUUGCUUAUAUAUUUGUUGUGUGUUUGCAAACGAGGGAUUUAAUUCAGUUAUAGUGCUGCUGAUGCUGAAUAUCUGAAAGCAUUUGACAAAAACGAUCUCAUCUGCACGCGGAUGUUGACCAAAGAGUGUUCCGGAGGCAACACAACACCGACGAGAACGAAGGAUGUCUAGACUAGUUUAAUUCUUUUGAAUGGACAAUUUUGGGAAUACCUGCAUGUUUGGAUAGCUCGCUGUCAGGUGACAUAGAUAGACAGGGGUUCUUCUUUAUUAGUUGUUUUAAUAAAAGUGAAGCAGCGAUGGAUGAAGGUGCAGAGUCCGAUGAUGCUGUCAUUAUUGUGGAGAACGAAGCAGAGAGCAUGCCAGUUCAGGAGAACACGAACGCCUGCAACGAGCGGACAGGCACCUUGAAUUUUCUGGACACUUGUCCCGUGUGUCAUUUAAACUUUCACAGUCGAGAACCAAAACUUCUGCCAUGUCUCCACUCUUUUUGUAAGAAGUGUUUGCCGCCAGCUUCCAGGAAUUUGGCCAUGCCAGACACCAACAGCUCGACGAAACCACUGAAUGUGAUUCGCUGUCCGGUGUGCAGACAGGAGUGUAUGGAGGUGGACGUGAUGGAGAACUUCUUUGUGAGGGACUCAGUGGAGGCUUCCAGCAGCACCGUGGAGAGGACUGUCCAGCUGUGUAUGAGUUGUGAGGACAACACAGAGACUACAGGUUUCUGUGUGGACUGUGUGGAGUUCAUGUGUGCCACCUGCGUGGAGGCCCACCAGAGGGUCAAGUUCACCAAAGACCACACCAUCAGACAGAAGGGGGAUGUAUCUCAAGAGUCUGUGGGUGUUUCCACUCAUAGGCCAGUGUUCUGUGAAGUCCACAAGCAGGAGCCCCUGAAGCUGUUCUGUGAAACCUGUGAUCUACCAACCUGUCGAGACUGUCAGCUACUCAAGCACAAGGACCACAAUUACCAGUUUCUGGAGGAUGCCUAUAAGAAUCACAAACAUUACAUGGAGGAUAUGAAUCGUCAACUGCAGGAAAAAAAGAAGAUAAUUGAAGAUGUGUCAAACUCCAUAAACAAUGGACUCCUUCAAGUUGAUGAGAACCGCAUAUCAGUUCACAAUGAAAUCAAGAAGUCGAUCUGUAGUCUGAUACUAGAGAUCAACAGAAAGGGAAAGAUUCUUGUCAAUCAGCUUGAGGGCCUGACAAAGGAUCAUGAGAGCGGUCUGAAGAAGCAGAAGGAGGAUAUUGGCUAUCUGUCCAGACACCUGGAUCACGUGAUCAACUUCACAAAAUGGGCGACAGCUAGGAACGGCGGCACAGCUCUCCUGUACUGCAAACGUUUGAUUCUGUUUCAGAUCGGAAACCUCCUGCGGGCUAAAUGCAAUACCUCGUUUGUACCGCAGAGCACUGUGCGUUUCCAGUGUCGGUCAGGCUUCUGGGCUUCAAAUGUCGAUCUGGGCUCAUUAGUGGUGGAGAAUGUCCCAGGCCCCCAGCUGGGCGGCUUCCAGGGCAUCCCUCAUCAACUCCACCAUCCUGGGCAGGGCCCCUCAGGCUCCCCCAACAGCCUGCCCCCAGGCCUCUCACAGCCCCGCCUGGCCCCCCACAACCACAACACCCUGGCUCAGCUCCAGAUGCAGGUGGAGAAACUAGCCCAACAGCCUCACUGGCAGCCCCAGACCCCACCCUGGGCCUGGUACCAGAGCAUGCGGCUCCAGAGACCCCCUCCAGGGCCCCUCCAGGGUGGCUCUCCCUCCCAGAGUCACCCCCCCAUGCCACAGCAGGGCCGGAGGUUCAUUGCCCCCCCUGCAAUCCAUCUCAGUCCCACCAGCACCCUGCCAAGUCCUGGAUAUCCUCCCCAGGCUGUCCAAUCACUGAGAGGCCUGGUGAGCAGCCCCAGCAGCUAUGCACUCAAACACAUGGACGUAUUCAACCCAAUGCCUCACUUCUCCCACAAUGCACCACUGCCUAGCAACGGCAGCCUCAGUUCUCCUCACUUGCGACAGCACCAGAUGGAGUCUGCAUAUCACAACAAGCACCCUGGAGGCCCUGUCCAGAUAAUAAGACCCAACUUCCCUCAGACCCUACCAGCUUCCCUCCCAUACAGAACUGGUGGAAAACAGAUGUCAAUAGAGGAGUGCUGUAAGGAUGGUCGGGACCGGGGCGUUGAUAACCAGGACUGCACAGCCCUCCCUCUCAUCUCCGAGUCCACCACAUGCAGGAUAGUACAGGAGCAGUGCUGCGCGACGGUACUGGAGGACACCAUCUGCACCAACGGCAUCAACAUGGCCAAAGACCAGGGGGGCUGUGACACUCAGUUUCCUGGAAGCACCUGCGAGACCAAGACCGCAAAGAUGUGCUGUGACUGUUGUCUGCUGGGCCGGGCUGCUCAGGAGAAGGGUCUGCCCUGUGACCACAGCCUGUCUCUGGGCUACCAGUGUGGCCUGGUGUCCCGGGCCUGCUGUGAUGACGGUGUGAAGACCAACACUCUGGUUCCUGACAAAGACAACGAGGCCCUCACUGGCAAGGAUAAUCCCUUACUGAAUGAGUGCAGCAAUGGAUUAGCGAAGUGUGCACAGGAAUGUGUGGGCAACGGCACCUGUACCUGCUUCAAAGGCUACAAACUCAAACCAGAUGGGAAGAACUGUGAAGAUAUAAACGAGUGCCUGCUGGGUGCCAGUAACUGCCGAGGAGGCGAGCGCUGCAUCAACACGCUGGGGUCAUUUCGUUGCCAAAGAGAGGUCAGCUGUGGUACCGGUUACGAGCUUACCGACAGCAACAACUGCAAAGACAUUGACGAGUGUGAGUCGGGCACCCACAACUGCGCCCCAGACUUUAUGUGUCAGAACACUCAGGGGUCAUUCCGCUGUCGGCCCAAGAACCAGUGUGGCGAUGGAUACAUCCAGGAUGCCCUGGGCAGCUGCAUCGACAUCAAUGAGUGUCUGGCCCAGACUGGGCCUUGCCACCCUGGUCAGUCGUGUAUGAACACGGUGGGCUCCUUCACCUGCCAGAGGAACUCUGUCAACUGUGGCCGGGGAUACCACCUAAACGACAACGGCAACCGCUGCGUGGAUAUUGAUGAGUGUAAAGGUCCUGAUGGAGCGUGUGCAGGCCACGGCUGUAUCAACCUGGUAGGAUCGUUCCGUUGUGAGUGUAAGGUUGGCUUCAUCUUCAACAGCAUCAGCCGCGUCUGCGAAGAUAUCAAUGAGUGCAGGCACUACCCUGGGCGCCUCUGUGCCCACAAGUGUGAGAAUGCCGUAGGGUCCUAUAAGUGCAGCUGCACCCAAGGCUUCAAGCUGGCCAGCGACGGCAGGAACUGUGAUGAUCUAAACGAAUGUGAGAGCAGCCCUUGCAGUCAAGAGUGUGCCAACGUGUACGGCUCCUACCAGUGCUACUGUCGCCGUGGCUACCAGCUCAGUGACAGGGAUGGCAUCAACUGUGAAGACAUUGAUGAGUGUGCCUUGCCCACCGGGGGUCACAUCUGCUCCUACCGCUGCCACAACACCCCCGGGAGCUUCCACUGCAACUGCCCCGCCACCGGCUAUACUCUGGCCCCCAAUGGACGCAGCUGCCAGGAUGUUGAUGAGUGUGUGACAGGGACACACACCUGCUCUGAGACAGAGAGCUGCUUCAAUGUACAGGGUGGAUUCAGAUGCUUGUCCUUUGAGUGUCCGCCAAACUAUCGCAGAGCAGGAGAGAACAGGGCGAGGGUCGAGCGCUCAGACACUGUCCGCUGUGUGAAGUCGUGCCAGCCCAAUGACAUCAGCUGUGUCCUGGACCCUGUACACUCCGUCUCCCACACUGUCAUCUCCAUGCCUACCUUCAGGGAGUUCACCAGGCCUGAAGAGAUAGUUUUCCUGAGAACCAUGUCGCUGGCGCACUCCUCCCCCCACAUCAGCUCCGACAUCGUGUUCGACAUCCUGGAGGGCAAUGUCCAGAAUUCCUUCGACAUCGUCAAACGCCAGGAGCACGGCAUAAUCGUGGGUGUGGUCCGACAAGUGAAGCCUCUGAUUGGCCCGCUGAACAUGGUAUUGAAGCUGGCUAUGAACUACGUCACCUCUGGGGUGGUGUCUCAUCGGAACAUCGUCAGCUUCCACAUCUUCGUCUCCGAGUUCUGGUUCUGAGUACAGGACACACACCAACACCACCUCACAUAGCCAUACUGUUCUACCACAGUACUACCAACACCACCACACAUAGCCAUACAGUUCUACUACAGUACUACCAACACCACCACACAUAGCCACACAGUUCUACCACAGUAUUACCAACACCACCACACAUAGCCAUACAGUUCUACUACAGUACUACCAACACCACCACACAUAGCCACCCGGUUCUACCACAGUAUUACCAACACCACCACACAUAGCCAUACAGUUCUACUACAGUACUACCAACACCACCACACAUAGCCACCCGGUUCUACCACAGUACUACCACCACCACACAUAGCCAUAAAGUAUUACCACUUACACACUACUACCACACAGUACUACCACAGUCCUCUAAAUUUACCCUCCUAGCAUGAAGAGAAAGGAGAUUGCGGAGUGCAUGGAGGAGAAAAGGAAGAUUAUUUAGGUGUAUAACUAAAAGGAUAUGAAUACAAUUGGAGGGUCCAAUAAAGGGAUAUCCUGAUACAACCAACACACAUUUUAAUAACUUUAGUUAACUUUCGUUCCUUUUCGAUGAAGAUAAACAGACCACUAGCUGCUUAGUUGCUUUUGUUAUUGUAUGAAACUAAAGCACUUCCCAGUAAGUUUACCUGUAAUAUAAGUUGAUGUAACAAGCCAAGCCAUGAGUGGAUGCAUGCAUCUGGCCUACGGAACUUGACAUGAAGACUCAUAAACUGUAUCAUAUAAUGUAAGCAUGUUGUCAUGCCCAAGACUAUAGAAUGUGAUUAUGAAUUGAAAGUGCAUGCGUAGACAUGGAGAUGUGAAACACCAUUGGAGCAUUCAACAGUUGAAUGUAACACUAACAUGAGUAAUGAUGUCUAUUACAUUUCAUUUUCUUACUGUAUACAUCGCGAAAGGUGUUUCGGUACUAAAUAAAUCAUCUUGUUUUUA